GGAAUUUUGGAUCCCAGUUCCUCGUCCCUUCUAAACAAUGCUCGCAACGCUUUCCUUAACCUGGCACUGCCUCUUGUUCUCGUCAGUCAACCAGGCAACUGCCCUCGGGCUCCUCUGCCUAAUGGCCUUGAGGUGAGCCUGCUUUGGGACCGCUGGACAGUUGUGCAGCAAUCGCGGGUCGGCAUGCCGGCUGCAACGCUAGCCGACUUUUUGGAAGCCUUCAAGGUUAGCCUCUCGACUAUAUUUGUGCCUUUUUUCUCCUCUAAACAAUCCUUCCUGCAUCCACCCUAA